AUGAAUAAAAUCCCCGACCCUGUGCUUGCAGAAAUUCUUACAGCUGUGGGUCAUUUUAGUGAAAUAAACAACUUAGCAUCAGUCUGUAAAAGAUGAUUGCGCUUAUUAAAAAAAGCUGGGCAUCAUGUAUCAUUUGAGGGUACUUUUAACCCAACAAAAUUGCAAAGCAGCAUAAAUAUAGGAAAAUAUUUACGGAUUUUUACAUCAAGGCUAAAAAUACUUUCUCUCAGUUUAAGAAACAUUACUAUCAGCAGUGCCUUUGAAAUCCAACUUUUAGCUGAAGCUUUGGUUUUUCAAUCUUCGUGACUAGAAACUCUUGAUUUGACCAACAAUGAUGAUUUUGAUUUAGCACUUUUAUGGACAACUGUAUUAGAUUUAUUAGAUAUAAAAGCAAAAAAAAAUAUAAAUUGUGUAUUUACUUUAAAAACUUUAAAAAUUACGAAUUAUCAUAAAGACACCUGGUCAAGCAAAACCGGACCCCCCACCCCCCCUUACAUAGCAUGUAUAAUUAAGGCUAUGAAUAUUUGCAUAGCAAGCAUAUAAAUGCAAAUUCUAAGCCAAAUCUAUCAUUGAUUUUAAGAAUAGAACUGUUUGUAUAUAAAUAUAGUUAGGAUAUCUGAUAUCUUCAUCGUUAAAAAUAGUUGAUAGAUAUAAAUUUUCUUCAGUACAAGCAGAAUGUGUAAAUAUUUAUUUAAGUAUAGCUUCUGAAUAAAUGCUUUGAAUUAGAUAAUUAUUGAUAUUAGAUAAGGUAUUUAAUAUGAAUAAAAGUUUUUCUCUUAUUUUCUAUUACAAUUUUUUGCCUAAAAGUUAGAGAAAGAUGCAAAGAAAGAAGUAUAUUUUAUUUUAAAUUGAAUAUUAAUCUUUAAAGAUUUCAUGCAAUUAAAUUUAAGGUGGAGAGAAAUUAUAUUAAACUGAAGUAAGCGAAUAUUAAUAAUAAGAAUUUAGACUGAAUGGCAUAUAAAUGGUCAACACAAGACAGAAGAAGUAUGAAUUCCGGAAGUAGGACGCAAGAGAAUCCAUCCAGAAUCACCAAAGAAUUCAAAAAAAGUAUAAAAGCCGUAGAAAAGUGCUUUCCAUAGAGUGUACUCCUUAUGAAGUGCAUGUGCAAAGCUAUAUAACAUUAAAUUGAUUUUAUAAACAAAGGGUAGAAUGUGUAUCAUGAAUAAAUUAAAAAAGAGGUAAGCCUGCUCCACAUAAUAAUAUUUCAUCUGACGUAUUAAAUAGAGGAAUCUUAUAUGGAGACUAUAUGCGGAAUUCAUAAAUUAUUAUAUUUUUUAUAAUUUUAUUAAAUGCUUUAACUUUUUUUGAUGCAUAUAUUUUGAUAUAAUUCUCACAAUUCGCUACUCUUUUUGCUAAUAUCCCAGCGACUGUAUGUGGGAGUGGGGGGUAGGGGGGUUGGGGGUCGGGGUUCCCGGGGUCCCAGUUGUGUCGGACCAGACACCAAAUUUUAUUUAAUAACCAAGAUUUUUCCAAAUUUACAAAAAUUCUAUGCUGGGAAUUCAGAAAUGAAUUUAAAUGAUUUUAAAUAUAUUAUUGAAAACCUGAAAUACUUAGAAUUACUUGAUGUGAGCUAUUGCACGUUUAUCAUAAAUGCUUCAAAUGUUUUUUAUAAUUUAAAAGAACUUUUAGAAGGGUUAAAGCUAAAAAUUUUUAUUGGAGAUUGCAAAUUUGGAGCCCUAAUUGACUUGCAACAAAUAAAUUCAAUAGAAUUGAUAAAAACAACCAUACAUGAUAUUUUGAGUAAUUUAGAGAAUAAAUGAGAUUUAUUGAGAUUAGAAGAGUUCUUAAACAAAGGAGGCGAUGUUAAUUUAUUUAAAUAUAACCAAUUUGGGAAAAGACGGAAAAAAACCAAAUCAGCGCAAAUAAAAUUAAUAAAAAAAUUAAGUGAUAGCAGUUUGCUCGAAGAGACUUUUAGCAUUAUGAUCAGAUAUGGGCUUGAUUUAAAUUUUUUUUCUAACUCUUCUGGGCAUACUCUUUUAAAUUGGGCUAUAAAAUUCAAGAGGCAAGGUUUAGUGGAAAUGUUACUCAAUGCUAGAGCCAGCACAUAUACCCCAAAUUGAUCUAUAUACGAAGAUAAAUAUUAUGGAAAUUGGCCUUCUUUACUUUAUGCAUUGCGAGUAAAAAACACCGAAAUUCUUCCAUUAUUUUUUAAGUUCGGGCUAGAAAAAUUUGAUUAUUUUAAUCUAAAUACCAAAUUUAAAUGCAAUCCCCUAUGCUUAACAAUAAGAAAAUCAACUUUAGAAGCUUAUCCAAAAUUCAUAAACGAAAUAAGUCCAAAUUACCGUUGCAGUGAUGAUGCACAUAUGGACGAAAUUAUCCUUCUAUUAAAAAAUUCCCAAGGUAUUAAUAAAUAUCCACUAAAUUGGGUCUAUAAUGCAACUCGCCGCUUAAUAGUGUCGAAUUGACAUUAUGGUUGAAAAUUAGGCUUUAUCCAAUAUCUCGUAAGUUACAAUAUUCAAAAUAUGGAAUUGGUAUUAAUAAGUCCCGAAGACUAUAAAAACAUGGUGGCUCGACCAUUGAUAAUGCUUGCUGCAUAUAAAGGUGACUUAGAUAUACUGACUUAUUUAUUAGAUAAUGGUUUUGAUAUAAACAAUAGAGAUAAUUAUAAAAGAAAUGCAUUAUUUGAUGCAAUUGCUCAAGAAAAUUUAGAAAUGGUUAGGAAAUUGUGUGAAUUUGGAAUAAACAUAAACAACCAAGAUCGAAAUGGAGAAACGCCACUUCAUCAAGCAAUGAAAUUUCAAAAUAUUGAAAUAAUAAAAGAGCUUAUUAAGAAUGGAGCAGACUUAUCCAUAAAAUCAAAUUCAGGAUUGGAUUCACAGUUUUAUGCUAUGAAGUAUCGGCUAAAUGAAAUACUUGGAAUAUCAACGCCGACAUUAUAA